AUGGCAAUUGCAAACCCACUCCUCAGCUUCGUCGUUCGCGGCUUACAGGCUGUCUUUGGCAUUGUCGUACUCGGUAUCUCUGUAUCACUUGUACGAGGUCAUCACUGGGGCAGUCUCCCUGCCACUCUGGGAUUCUCAGCUUUUGUAGGCGGCAUCACAAUUCUUGGUGCUGCGCUUGGAGUAGCGGGCAUCUUCCUUGGCUUCUUGGAUGGCACGAUUGCUAUCGUCGUUGAUGCAGUCAUUGCCCUCAUCAACCUAGCCUGUGGAGUUUUACUUGCUAUCAAGGUCUCUGGCGCCGACUGUGACAUGAAUACAGCAAAGGACGCAGACAUGGUUAUACAUAACAACAUCUUCAAUGGCGGCUGUCGCAAGGAUGGUCUUUGUUGGUGCUGGAAUACAAGUGGCUUGGAUACAAUGAAAUCGAGGUGCAUAUCGACCAAAGCGGACUGCGCAUUUAUGUUUCUUACAGUCGUCGUCAUUGCCGUAGCGGCAAUGCUGGUCUUUCUGCGUACGAGGAAGUGA